AUGGGUGAAUACAUCCACCGACCACGCCCUGGGGGUCUUGGUGGAGCUGUUUUGGAUAAGGUAAGGGUGAUUUUAUCUUAAAAUUCUUCAUUAAACCUGUUCUAAUUGAAGCAAGCAUCAAAGUUCAACGAAGAGGAAGCUGGGUAUCUUCUACAAUGGAUCAAGGACAUCACAAAAGAGGACUUUGAUACAACCGGAAGCAGACAAAACUUCCUUGGCCUAUUAAAAGACGGACAACUGCUCUGUCGGUAAGGAAAUAUCUAAUGAAUACCUUACUGGGGGUUUCCAGUUUGAUCAACGCAAUUCAGCCCGGCACUGUCAAGAAAAUAAUGAAGCCUAUUUCUAAUUUCAACAGUAUGGAGAAUAUUAACCAGUUUACAAAUUGCGUCAGAAAAUUUGGCGUAAUCGACGAAGAAACAUUCCAAUCAGUUGAUCUGUUCGAGGCCCGGGAUCUCUUCUCCGUUUGCGUAACAUUACAAUCGCUGGGAAGAAAGGUAAGGGCCCAUCUCUUCAAAUACCCGUUUAGCUGGAGAAAAGUCAUGGUAUUCCACCACCCAAACAAAUUCCAAAAAACAAGAUAUAA